CAUCUCGAAAACAACAGCCUGCGAUUGUCCCAGCCAUAUCACCCCAGUACCUCUUAUCAGUCAAUUGACGCAUAUCCAGAAUACUCUGAAUUUUAUCUACUUUAUGGUCUGACUUUUGCGGUGAUUCUUUGACAGCGAAGAAGUUCUUCGCACCUCAGACGUCGCAAAGAUGCCGUACAAUAUAGCAAUGGUUUGCGAUUUCUUUUAUCCGCAGCCGGGAGGAAUCGAGUCACAUAUAUAUCAACUUUCUUCGAAAUUAAUAUCACUCGGCCACUCAGUCAUCAUCAUCACCCACGCCGACGGCUCCCGUUCAGGCGUCCGAUACCUCACCCACGGCCUCAAAGUCUACUACGUCCCAUUCUUCGUGCUGUACCGAGAAUCGACCUUCCCCUCCGUGUUCUCGUUCUUCCCGCUGCUGCGCAACAUCCUCAUUCGCGAACGCAUCCAGAUCGUACACGGCCACGCUAGUCUGAGCUCGCUGUGCCAUGAGGCUAUUUUGCAUAGCAGGACGAUGGGACUCAAGACUGUGUUUACUGACCAUUCGCUGUUUGGGUUUGCGGACCCGGGGAGUAUUUUGGGGAAUAAGUUGCUGAAGUUCACGUUGAGUGAUAUUGGGCAUGUCAUUUGCGUUUCGCAUACUUGCAAAGAGAACACGGUCCUGCGAGCAUCGCUUGAUCCAAAUAUGGUCAGCGUUAUUCCAAAUGCCGUCGUCGCUUCCAACUUCUUACCAGACCCAGGGAAGGCUUCAUCAUCGCACAUUACGAUCGUCGUGAUUUCUCGCUUGUACCCCAAUAAAGGCGCAGAUCUUCUCACGGCCGUCAUCCCUCGAAUUUGCCUGCUGCAUCCGACUGUGCGGUUCAUCAUUGCCGGCAGCGGACCGCGCGAGAUUGAUCUCGAGCAGAUGCGGGAAAAGUACCAGUUGCAGGAGCAAGUCGAGCUGAUGGGCAGCGUGCGGCACGAGGACGUGCGCGAUGUGAUGGUCAAAGGGCAUAUAUAUCUUCAUCCAACACUUACAGAGGCGUUUGGAACCGUAUUGGUUGAAGCAGCCUCGUGCGGGCUACUUGUCGUGACGACAAAAGUUGGCGGUAUCCCCGAAGUCCUGCCGUCGCACAUGACGAUAUUCUCGUCUCCGUCCGAGGACUCGCUCGUGACGUCGACCAGCCGCGCGAUCUCUCUGAUCGACUCCAAAGCAGUCGACACCUCCAAAUUCCACGACCAAGUCAAGGGCAUGUACGGCUGGCACAACGUCGCGCGGCGGACAGAGCGCGUGUAUGAUAUCAUUGCCGACCGGAAAAACGAGCCGCUGGUGGACAGGCUGAAGCGGUACUACGGCUGCGGCAUAUGGGCGGGCAAGUUGUUUGUGAUGUGUGUUGUUCUUGACGUGUUGCUGCUGCGGUUUCUGGAGUGGCUGUUUCCGGCAGCGAAUAUCGAUCGGGUGAGGAAGUGGCCGAGAAGGCCGACGGAUCGAGCGUUGCUGGCGGGGGAGAAUGAUAAUAUUACAAAGGUGGAGAGUGAGGAUGAGGAGAGUGGACUGGCAGACAGCUAGCGCUGGAGAAGUAUAAUAUACCAGUACUUCCCAUCAAUCAGUAAAUCAAUAUGUAGAUAGCAGAUGCUGGCACGAGCUGUAGACUGUCGAUUAUUCACAUUUUCCGAUAAUCGUC